GUGUGUUUGGUGAGUCAGUGUCGGUGAUGGAGGGAGAUUCUGUCACUUUAAAAACUAAUGUUACUGAAAUACAUGAAGGCGACAGUAUAGUGUGGAAAUAUGGAGCUGAAAAUUCUCAAAUUGCUAGAAUGAACAAAAAGAUGCAAAACUUCUCAUCUGAUGUUCUUGAUGGAAGAUUCAGAGAUAGACUGAAGCUGGACAAUCAAACUGGAUCUCUGAUCAUCACAAACAUCUCAACUGAACAUGCUGGAGUUUAUCAGCUAGAGAUAACUGGAGCGAAUCUGACUUCAACAACAUUCAGUGUUGCUGUCUAUGCUCGUCUGCCUGUUCCUGUCAUCAGCAGUAACUCUUCACAAUGUUCAUCAUCAUCAUCACAGCAGAAUUGUUCACUGGUGUGUUCAGUGGUGAAUGUGAGUCAUGUGACUCUCUCCUGGUACAAAGGAAACAGUUUAUUGUCCAGCAUCAGUGUGUCUGAUCUCAGCAUCAGUCUCUCUCUACCUCUGGAGGUGGAAUAUCAGGAGAAAAACACCUACAGCUGUGUGCUCAACAAUUCAUUCACUAACCAGACGAUACACCUGAACAUCAAACAACUCUGUCACACAUUUUCAGUUCCUCCAGUUUCUCUGAUAGUGCUGAUCUCUGUUUCUGCUGCUGCUGCUGGAUCUCUGUUGAUUGUCGCUGCAGUCGUGAUCUUCUGCAUCUGCUGGAAACACAGAAAAACUGGCAAGUAUUAUCUUCUCUUUAUAAACAAGUAA